AUGACGGACCAGGAGCCGGUGCAUGUCGAGAUCGGUCCCCCGGUCAAUAUCGCGCUUGCAGUCCAGGCGGCGGCCUCAGAGAUGGGAGACUGGCUUACAAGCGAGCCAACAGAUGAAAAAGAGACAACUCUAUGGCGUUGUAGAGAAAAGAAGCUGGGAACCCAUAUGGCGAUUUUGUUUCGGCAGGUGGAAUUGAUUCGGAGCAGGAAGAGUCCUGGUGAGGCCGGUCCCCACGAAGAGGAUUGUGUGUCUGAUGGCAGAUAUGGCCUCGAUAUCAUCUACCCCGCCUUUGAGAGCAAGAAUAUCUGCCAUGCUGCGACCGAACCCGCAAAAGGAGCCGACUGUCAGCAUCGCAUCGUAUGCACGGAGGCAGGCAAAGAUCUGUGUUAG